UUCCCGGAGGUCAGAGUUGACGGUGGCCAUGUGUUUGUGUGUGUUGCAGCUUUACAGACGUGAACCACAGAUUUGAUGUGUCUGGAUUAUUUUUUUGAGUCAAACCAAACGAAAGACGCGCAGACUUUGAGUUUUCAGUUUGUCACUUUGUACCUGAAUUAUUCCUCAAUUUAAUCUGAGGGAUUAUUCUUCCUCUCGGUUGUGAGUGAGAAGCUCCCAGUUCAGCUGAUGAACCAGUUUUAGGUUUUUUUUUUUUUCCUAGUGUGUGAGCUGUGAGGACGGAUCCCUGCAGGAUGUUUUAGCGAGAGAUGCUGCUGAGUGCCUUAACCAAACCCCGCCUGCUGCCCGCACACACACACGGUUGCCUUUGUAAGUCACUCUGCAUGAUGAGCAAGGGCUCUGGAGAUCUGCACACCAGCACCAAGCUGCCCAAGAGAGUCAACGAGGGAAACGUCGACUCGGCCGAGAAUGAGCCCGACGCCAAACGGAUCAAGUCAGCGGGACAGCACGCCGAGGACGAGAGGAAAUACCCCAAAAAGAAAGUGGCCCUGCUCAUGGCCUACUCGGGGAAGGGAUACUACGGUAUGCAGAGAAAUCCUGGAACGUCUCAGUUUAGAACCAUCGAGGACGAUCUCGUCACGGCGCUCAUUAAAUCCGGUUGCAUCCCUGAAAACCACGGAGAUGACAUGAAGAAGAUGUCUUUCCAGAGAUGUGCCAGGACAGAUAAGGGUGUGUCUGCAGCCGGCCAGGUGGUGUCGCUAAAGCUGUGGCUGAUUGACAACAUCGUCGAAAAAAUCAACGAGCAUCUGCCGCCUCAGAUCAGAGUGCUCGGUCUCAAACGAGUGACCCAGGGCUUCAACUCCAAAAACAACUGCGACGCUCGCACGUACUCCUACAUGCUCCCGACGGUGGCUUUCUCCCCGAGGGACUACGACGUCCAGAACGCGGCAGCCUUCCGCCUGGACCCGGAGACGCUCCAGAGGGCGAACCGCCUCUUCGCGCUCUACAAGGGCACGCGCAACUUCCACAACUUCACCUCGCAGAAGCGCCCGGAAGACCCCAGCGCCCGCCGCUACAUCACCGAGAUGUCCUGCGGCGAGCCCUUCGUCCGCGGCGGCGCCGAGUUCGCGGUGAUCACCGUGCGCGGCCAGAGCUUCAUGCUGCACCAGAUCCGCAAGAUGAUCGGCCUGGUGAUCGCCGUGAUCAAGGGCUACGCCAGGGAGGAGGUGAUGCAGCGGACGUGGGGGGAGCAGAAGGUGGACGUGCCCAAGGCUCCCGGGCUGGGCCUGGUGCUGGAGAGGGUGCACUUUGACCGGUACAACAAGCGCUUCGGCGGCGACGGCCUCCACGAGCGCCUGGAGUGGGACGGCGAGCGGGAGCAAAUCAAGGCCUUCAAGGAGGCGCACAUCUACCCGAGCAUCGUGGAGACGGAGUGCCAGGAGGGCUCCAUGGUCAGCUGGAUGUCCACGCUCCCUAUCCACGACUUCGAGGCCACGGCCGCUGAAACACAGGAGAACAAAGACCCCAAACAGGACAAUGAAGAGGAGGGUAAUGAAUCCGAAUAGGUCAACCUCCCUGCUGAAACCAGACAAUGCUCUCACCAAAACUUUCUCUUUCUUCUCGAAAAGAAUGGGCUUUCUUUUUUUUUUUUAAGGUCUGAAAGUAUGAUUUCCAAGAAUGAUAUUGCUGGUUUUUUUUGUUUGUUUUUUUUUUUUAAUUAAAGUUGCACUCAUGAAGACUGAAAUGCGGAUUGUGUAGAAUCAACCGUGAUACACGUGCAAAUCGGCUCCAUAUUACUUCUGAAUUUCAAAUUUGGCAGUAAUUUGCUCGUCCUGCAGACUCAUGACAUGAGAAAGCAUUAGACUCUACAGAGGUAAAUGUAUCAUGGUUGAUUUCUCUGUGGUCUGCUUUCCAGUCACAGAGGAUGCAGCUUUAAAUUUAAGUUCUCUUAUACAAAUAGUAUUAAAAAAAAAAAAAAAAA